CUUUAUCCUCAUCAGGGGCAAACCACAGGUACAUGCACUGACAGUGAACCGAACACGAUGAGUGAGAGUAUUCAGGGCCUGGCGGCCGAAAUCACGGCCCUGUCGGAUAGCUUCACGAAGUCGCUGGCUGAACAGAAAAUCACCGAGCCGAGUUUCAAGGCUGACAGUCCAGUAAGCUAUGAGAACUUGAGCGGCGAGAUGUUUCUGCAGCGUCAGACGCUGCUCGACAAGAUAACAGAUCUAUGGUACUUGGUCCAGGGGCCAAGUGAGAGCAUCUUCAAUCACGUACAUACAUGUGUUCCCGACAUCAUGGCGCUGAAUCUCAUGAAUCACUUCGAUUUCUGGUCUGCUGUUCCCUUGGACGGUUCCUCAUCCGUCAAGGAGAUCGCAGAUCACGCACAGCUGCCCGAGGAGGUGGUGGACCGCGUCCUCAGACAUGCCACCACCUUGCGCUUUUUUGCACCAGACGGCGACUUCAAAGUGACGAAGCGAGUCUCUCACUCCUCUCGUUCCGCAGCUCUCGCCAAGUCUUCCGGACUUCGUGCGCUUGUCUCUACCAUCAUUGACGACGCAGGAGCGCCCAUGCUGGCCACGAACCGCGCGCUGGAGCUUUACUCGCGUGGCAAGCCAGCUCUGACCAAGGAAAUCGGCGAAACUGCCUUUGCUCUCUACCAGCGAGGUGGUUGCAUUGGCAACUAUAAAACGUCAUGGGACUUCAUUGAGAAUGAUGGUGAGGGCAAAGAGAAGGGUUGGCGCCAAAGAAACUUCGUCGAGUUUAUGCGCUACAUCAAAGACAUUUUCCACCUGGAGUCCACACUGGCCGAGUCUUUUGACUGGAAGGCUCUCGGAAACGCGACCAUUGUUGAUCUCGGUGGCUCCGGAGGCCAUGAUUCAUUCGCCCUGGCGCAGCGCUUCCCAAAUCUCAACAUUGUCGUCGAGGAUCUUCCCCACGCCGAGUCGGUCUUCCAUCGGCACCGCCCAGACGCCCUUAAAGACCGUGUCAAUUUUAAAGCUCACGACUUCUUCAACGCGCAGCCCGUUGAAGCUGACAUUUUCCUCAUCAAGCUCAUUCUACACGAUUGGCCAGAUGAAGAAUGCGUCAAAAUCCUCAAGGCUCUGGUACCUGCGCUGCGACCGGGCAGCAAAGUCUUCUUCCUGGAUUAUGUUGGACACCAGGAGGCCGAUGGGGGCGCCGCAAACACACCACGCUCAAUUCAGCAGAUGGGUACAGCCACAGACCUGAGGAUGAUGGCUCUUUUCAACGCUCAGGAGCGCCCGGCUGAGGCAUGGAGGACGAUUUUCAAGGCGGCAGACGAGAGGUUCGACGUUGUGCGACUGGAGGCCAACCCCAUGACCUUCUUCGUUGCCUUGGAAGCAGUUUGGAGGGGCUAGUAAAAGGAGUAUAGACGACUCGAUGUCUUGUUGACGCUUACAUCAUGGUUCCUUCAACAAGCAGAGAAAAGAGACAGGCGGAACACUUCCGUAUUGCCAAGCAUAAGUGAUCUAAUAUGGAUAUUCCUUGCGGUAGAUGUAUGGGCGCAAGGGGAG